AUGGGGUUAUUUUCCAAAAAGAAAUCAACUCCACUGUCACCAACGAAGCAAGAUUUAAAAUUAACAACUUCAAAUGAAUCAAUAAAAUCAGGAUCAUCAAUAUCAAGUGGAGGAGAUAAAGUUAAAAAUUUAUUCAAGACAAAUAAAUCAAAAAACAAUGACAUUAAAACUAUAACAUCUGAUUUACAACAUACAAAUAUAUAUUCAAACUCAAAUUUAAAUCCAAGUCCACCACAAUUGAGUCAAAAUUCUCUAGCUGUGCCGAAUGAUGGGAAUGGAUCUAAUCGAUUUAAGAAGAGAGUAAGUACUAUAAUUGAAACAGAGGAUAAUACAUCUGAUGACGAAGUUGAAAAUACAGACGAUGAUGAAGACAACAACGAAAAUGGUUCUAUCACUGGUGAUUCAGAAACAGAUGAAGAUGAAGAAGAAGAUCAUUUACAUCCCAUAAAACCAAAAUAUGACUCAACACAUCAUGAUUUAGCAAAACAAUUAUCAACAAUAAUGGAUUAUUGUGGUUUAAAAAAUUCAUCACAUUUAACAGAAGAAGCAAAUAAAGAAAGUCAAAAAACUUAUAGUUUAUUAGAUUCAGAAAACAAGAUUAAAAAAUUAUCUAGAAAUUUUAAUAAUUAUGAAUCUGUUAUAGGAGAAUAUCAAAUUCAAUUAAUUAAAAAUUUAAGUUUUAAAAUUUCAAAUUUAGUUGAAAAUAAAAAUUGUUCAAUUAUUACUUGUAAUAAAUCAUUAUACCAAAGGUAUGGAGUUAUUCGAAAUGUAGUGGGAAAGGGAGCUUAUGGAUUAAUUAAAAUUAUAAAUCCUGAUAUUAAUGAUAAAAACAGCAAAGGCUCGUCAUCAAUAACUAAUCCUAAUUCAAUUCCAAUUGGUAAAAACCUAUAUGUUGUAAAAGAACUAGCGAAAAGAAAAGAUGAAAAACCAAAUAAUUAUAUUGAAAGAAUAUUAAGUGAAUUUGUAAUAUCAUCAACUUUAAAUAAUAAGAAUAUAAUAGAAACAGUUGAUUUAAUGGGUACUUUCAUAGAUUCAAAUUUAAGAUUAAGUCAAGUUAUGCAAUGUAGUCAAGGAGGAGAUUUAUUUUCUUAUUUAUUAACUGGAUAUAAUUUAAAAAAUAAAUCAAUUGAAUUUAUGUCACUUUAUGAAAUUGAUUGUUUUUUAAAACAAAUUUCAAAAGGUUUAAAAUAUAUGCAUAAUCAUGGUGUAUCUCAUUGUGAUUUAAAAUUAGAAAAUAUUUUGAUUAGUUAUGAACAACCAACAACCACUACUAAUGAAAAUUGUGAAACUAAAAUAAUUUUAAAAUUAAGUGAUUUUGGAAAAUCUUUUGUAUUUAGAACUGCUUAUGAUACGCAAGAACAAUUAAUUAAUGGAAAUCAAGGUUUAAUUGGAUCUGGUCCAUAUAUUCCACCAGAAGAAUUUAUAGCAGUAAAAAAUAAAACCAACUAUUCAUCAUUACAAAAAGAUAAUUGGGCUUUAGGGAUUAUAGCAUUAGUUAUAUUAAAUUUAAGAAGACAUUAUUAUUCAGGUUUAAAAAAUGGAGCUUAUAGAUCAGGUAAUAAAUUAAUUGGAGGAAAUGAUGUAUAUGGUUAUAGUACUGGUUAUUUAUGGCAAACUACUGAAUUAAAAAAUUCAACAAAGCAAGAAUAUAAAGAUAAAGUAUUUAAUGAAUAUUCUAAAAAGAGAAUGAUUGCAGAUUAUGAAAAUAAAACUAAAGAAUGGUUAAUACGACAAAAGGGAACGUUUAAACCAAUUAAUAAUAUAUGUUUACCUAUAAAACCAACCACCAACAUUAAUAAUACUAUCGAUGAUAAUUCAAGUACAAGUACUAUUGAUCUGGAACCAGAAGAUGAAAUUAUUGAAGAAGAAGGUAGUGAAUUAAAUGAAUUAAGAGUUAUGUGUAUUUAUAAAUUAUUAGAUAUUGAUCCAUCUACAAGAAUGACAGUUGAUGAAUUUUUAAAAAGUGAUUGGAUGACAUCUACUGAGGUGUGUUAA